AUUCAACCCGGGGUACUUCGAUCGUGCGCUACGAUGCCGCGCGAUAUUAUUACUUUGCAGCUAGGACAAUGUGGAAAUCAAAUUGGGAUGGAGUUUUGGAAGCAGCUGUGUGCUGAACAUGGAAUCAGUCCUGAAGGUACACUUGAAGAAUUCGCAACAAGUGAUGCUGAUCGCAAAGAUGUCUUUUUCUACCAAGCAGAUGAUGCUCAUUAUAUUCCUCGUGCUGUGCUACUGGACUUAGAACCACGUGUAAUCAAUACAAUAUUAUCUUCGCCUUACGCUCGACUUUACAACCCAGAAAAUGUAUAUUUAUCUAAACAUGGAGGUGGCGCCGGUAAUAAUUGGGCAGCUGGGUUUACACAAGGUGAAAAACUGGAGGAAGAAGUGUUUGAUAUUAUUGAUCGUGAAGCCGAAGGAAGUGAUAGCUUAGAGGGCUUCGUAAUGACUCAUUCUAUCGCUGGAGGAACAGGGUCUGGGAUGGGUUCAUUUAUUCUUGAACGUCUGAAUUCACACUUCCCCAAAAAACUUAUUCAAACGUAUUCAGUAUUCCCAAAUUUAGAAGAAACUAGUGAUGUUGUUGUUCAGCCUUAUAACAGUUUGUUAACACUUAAACGUCUAACUUUGAAUGCUGACUGUGUGGUUGUUCUAGAUAAUACUGCUCUGCAUCGUAUAGCUACUGAUCGUUUACAUAUUGAGAAUCCAUCAUUUGCACAAAUCAAUCAGCUGGUCUCCAAAGUAAUGUCUGCAAGUACGGCUACACUUCGUUAUCCAAGCUAUAUGAAUAAUGAUUUAAUUGGUUUAAUAGCUCCAUUGACUCCAACUCCACGAUUGCAUUUCUUAAUGACUGGUUAUACUCCACUAACAACAGAUACUGAAGUUCCAACUAUUCGACGAACAACUGUGUUCGAUGUCAUGAGACGUUUAUUGCAGCCAAAAAAUAUGAUGGUCUCCACUCCAACACAGCGCGGUGUCAGUCAUUGUUAUGUUUCUAUACUAAAUAUAAUCCAAGGUAAUUUUCUAUUUAACUAUCAUUAAUCCGUUAUUUACUUUGGUGAUUUUAAUAGGACGGGAAAGAUAAAUGUUCCUCCUGUUUUUCAAAUGCCCGGAAGUUUGUUUCUACUUGUUUGUAACUUUCAUUGUAGCACCAGGGGAUAAUAAUCCUCCAAUAUAGUACUCUUUUUAAAGAUUUUUCUUCCUUUAUGAGGUUGUGAAACUUGAUAGGUAGUAGAGAGAAGCAUUAAAUAACUGUUUAUUCUCACUAAAAGUUUUUUUUUUAUUACGCCAUAGUAGUUUGGUUUGUUUGGUAGGUAUCAAGCCUGGAGUAGUCCUCCAUCUCAAAUUAUGACACACAAACUGGUAAAUCCCUGUAGAGUCGUGGGUGUGCUCCCUGCUGAUGGAUUUCAUAACAUGAUCAAAUAGGAUUGCAGUCCCCUACUUAAUUUUCAACGAUUUUUCCACAUGAAAUCAGUUUUUCUAAAGAACUACCUUUAACCCGGACGAAUUACCUAACUAGGUUAUAGUAAAAUCUUCAUUCUAACUUAAACUACAAGUGUUCUAAGUUUAGCGAACAUGUUUUUCUAGAGUUCCAGUCGUAUUCAAUAAGAUUGCUAAGCCAUUCUUACGAACUCAAUAUGAAUCGGUACAGAAAUGCAAUACUUUAAAAAUUACUUUUGUGUUAACUUGAACUACUGUUUCUGUUCUAUUAUUUCCAUCUUUAUCUGAUAGAAACUUUUGUACCAAAUGGAAUUCACAAUCUCUCUUCUGUGUCAAAAUAUUACUUUAUUUAAGUUGUAAUAAUCAACAUUUAAACUACAUAUAUAGCUAAUUUCUAGAAAUUUCUUCAAAUACUAAUUAUUGGUUAUCUAGAAGUAAUUGAUUAUUUGUAUGCUUGUUUGGUUCAGUUUUUCCCACAUGUAAGAAUUAGAACGCUAUGUGCUUGUAUAAUGAUAAUUCUAUUGAAGAUAUUUGACAAUUUAUCCUGUAUAUUUCUCCAUAGGAGUUCCUCAAUAUCUAUUCCAAAUAAAAAGUGGUUUUGAAUGGUUAGCGAACAUUCAAUUGUGUACAAUUUACCGAGGACUAAGGAUUAAAUACGGUGAUUACAUGGUCAAUUAUUACAAUAUAUAAAAUCACUUAUGAGAUCGCUCAUCCUCUUCACUCUAAUCAACUAAUUUUUUUCGCCUGGACAAUUAUUUUUUUCUCUGUGAUCUGUCACUAAAUCUUAACGAUAGUAUGAGUGUCUUACAAUAUGAAAUUAAAAUGUUAAGUUUCAAUUAAUAGACCUCGUACGUUCGCUUAACUGUCAUGUAACAAUUUAAUUAUUCUAAAUAAUUGUCUGUCCCUUUUAAAAUAGCUUAUCAAAGUGAAUUAAACUUUAGCAAUUGCUAAAUAUAUGGUUUUGCAGUAUGUCGAUCCCCUACUCAAUCCCUUCGUUCCUGAUCAUGAUAAUCUGUUAUAUUACUGACAGUUUGUCUGUAGUGAAGUCUUGUCUUUAACAUUUUUGUCAACUAGUGGUGCUUCCAUCUGAUCCGUAAUUAUCCUUAUUCCUGAUGGCAUAUUUCACGAGUCAGCUUUUAACUAUCUUGACCUGUUUUUUUUCAGGAGAAGUCGAUCCUACUGAAGUACAUAAAUCACUACAGAGGAUUCGAGAACGCCGUAUGGCUCAGUUUAUACCUUGGGGUCCAGCUAGCAUUCAAGUCGCUCUGUCUAGGCGAUCUCCAUAUGUUCAGACACCACAUCGUGUUAGUGGUCUUUUACUUGCAAAUCAUACAAGCAUAUCAACUGUAAGUGUUUACGUGUACUUAUCUUUCAUUUUGUAGCUCUAUAUAUUCGUGUAAAAAAAUCCUCUAUUCGGUUAAUACUUAUUCACAAACUUCUGUUAGUCUCCCUGAUUCUCAACGGUUCCCUUAUUUAUACAAGACUGUUAUUAAAACUAUAACAGGCGUAAGUAAGUAAGUUAUUAAAACUAACGUCAAACUAAACAUUAGACACUGAUUUCUAUUCUAGCAAGAAUAAUUUGAUUACUAGUUACUAACUUUGAGGUGGAUUUCUGGAGCUCAAGUGUACAUUCCACCACCAGGAUAGUAUCAUAAGCUCUCAAGAUUCAAAUUUUGUACUUGAUAAAUCAGUUACAUCAAUCAAAUAUUUGAUGAUCAUUCUCUGUUUUCAUUGGCAACCAAAUAGUUUGAAUUUAUCCGAAAUUCAACAUCCUUGUUUAUUGGACCAGUACAAAACGUAACCUAGACACUAAAUACUUACCAUAGGUUUCGUCUUUAAAUGGUUGCCUAAUUCACAUAUAAUAGAUUAUUCAAAAGUUUUCUAUCUGAAAUAUCAAUCCACUAGAUACAUGUUAUAAAAAGUCUAUUUUAUGUACAACACAAUAAAAUAUAAUUAACAUGUUUAACACUCUACUGGUCAUUUUUAGCACGUGGUUGUUUCACAAGUUACAAAAAUUUGUCAAAUACACUGUUCUAAUGUAUGAAAAAGCAUGGUGAAAUUGAUUUGAAAAUUCUAAUCAUAAAAUAUUUUCGAUAAAAAUAUAAAUUGUACUAAAUAUGACUACCAGUUAGUUAGUUUAGUUUAUUUUUUGAAAAUAUAUGUAUAACAUGAUUUACGUCAUGCGACUGAUCUUACUUAGAUACCCAUUGGAAAACAAAACGUACUAAAUAACUUUUUCGUUCUGGUAUCAGACUCAGUAAUAAACAUUCAUGACUCCGCUGGAUAUGAAACUCCAGGACCUUUAAGUCUUGUGAAAAGUGUUUAACCUUUAGUCCACAGAACCGGCAUCCAAUGGUUUGGAUGUCAAGUUUCAAUCACUUCUCGAUAUCGCACAACCAUCCUCUAAUGUUAUUGGCGGGUUGCCGCUUUUAUUUGCUUGGUUUGUUUUUAUUUUCUAUUUACUUGAGUGGUCAUUUCAAUUAACUAGUCUAUUCAUCUUCUUCCUUUAUCGUUUGCAGCUUUUUCUACGUACCUUAGCUCAGUAUGAUAAAUUACGUACUCGUGGUGCUUUUAUUGAACAAUUUCGUAAGGAAGAAGUAUUUCGUGAUGAUCCAGAAUUAAAAGAAUUUUCUGACAGUAGACAAGUUGUUCAUAAUUUAAUUGAAGAACAUAGUGCAGCAACUCGAUCUGAUUAUAUUCAUUGGGGUGCUCAACGUGCUGCCGCAGUAGCUGCAACGCAAGCAGCGGCUGCGGCAGCUGCCAAUCCAAAUCCUUGAAUCUCUUAUAAGAUAUUUUUUGUACAUCAGUGUUUUUUUGGUUAAAAACUAUUUAGUUACAAAAACUACAUUUCAUACUUUUCAAAUGUAUCUCAACAUUUUUUAAAUAGGUUUGUCUUUUUUAAAGAACCUUUAGUUUUUUUUAUAGGGUUUUUGAGUAAAAAAGAACGCUUCAUUCUGAGCAUUUUUAAACAUAUCAGUAUUCACAGGUUAUGAAGAUAUGAAUGUCCAAACCUGUUAACAAUGUUAGAAUUAAACAGUUUGAUAUCUCUACAUACUUUUUCCUCUAAAAUAGUAAGCAGCUUCAGUGCUAAGAUUUCUUUUUUCGAUACUUUUUAUGAGAUCUACAAUCGAUUAUGUAGUAUUGAGGAGUGAAAUCUUAACACUAUACUGUUUCUAAUUGAUUAACUUUAAUCUAAUAUGAUGCAAAUGAAUGAAGAUUACCUUUGUUAGUACCCUGAGUUUAGUCGUCUUAGAUGUUCAUGAUCUCUAAAAAUGUUUUAAAUGUCUAAAAACAAGAUGAAUAGUUAUUUACUGUCGCGUAUGCACAGUUGUUACGAUUCUACUUAAUUCCCCUGUCAUCAAAAACCAUGUUGCUGGACUACUGUGUUUAGUGCAACAAAACAAUCUCAGUUGUUUGAUACAAGUAGGAAUCCUAACUUUCUUCUAGAAAAUAUUGAUAAUUACUUCUGUUUCCUAUAUCUUAUCAAUUAAAUCACGCUACACUUAAGAAACUGUGUUAAUUAGCUCAUCUAAUUUGUUUACUCCAAAUAUUUCUACUGGCCACAUCAGUGCGAAAUGAGUACGAAAAAAUAAAGUUGUGAACGUUGUU